AUGAGUGUCGCGAAAACACCUUUUGCCUUUUUCUCGGACGGAACGCCCGUACCUUUAGACGGGGAGUUUCACGUUGACCCCUUAGACCCGUCCAAGCUGCUCAGAUGCCAUGAAUCUUGGACACCUCCGGGUGUAUCCAAAAUCAUAUCGGGUGGCAACACAGCCUACUUAGGCUUACUCCCUGACAAGUCCGUUCUUAAAUUCCCGGUGGACCGAAACGAUUCCUUCUCAAAGAAAGCUCUCGACAUCGAACACCGUAUCCUGUCAGAUAUUGGAGCCCACGACAGGAUUACUAGAUAUUUGGGAAAACAAGAGUACGGACUCCGCUUUGAACGCGCAGCAAAAGGCGAUGUCCGGUCUUACAUGUCUACUGUUCAGCUAGACAGCAUCCCCGUUCACCUUCGAAUGAAAUGGUCGACACAAGCAGCAGAAGCCAUAUCUUUCAUUCAUUCCCGACGGGUCAUACACUGCGAUGUACAUCCAAACAACUUUCUAGUCGACGACGCGCUGGAUCUUCGGCUUUGCGAUUUCUCGGGAUCCGUGUAUGGCAAUUUGGAUGGAGGUGGUAUGGAAAGCGUUCGUUUCUUCCUUCCGAGAGAUGCAAUGGCUGCUCCGACCAUAAAGUCGGACCUUUUCGCAUUGGGAUCGGUCAUCUACUAUAUCAUGUCAGGCCGUGAGCCGUACGAUGUUUUGCCAGAUGAAGAAGUGACUGCACGUUAUUCUCGAGGCGACUUUCCUGGGGUGGACUCGAUGCCGUACGGGCAAAUCAUCUUAAGCUGCUGGAGAGGAGACUUUGACGAUGCAGAAGAGGUCUUUCUGGCCCUUCUAAAAGGAGCGUAA